AUGGUAUAUCCAAAUAGCAAAUUGGGAAUAUUCGAUUCCCCAACAUUCCUAGGCAUCUCAUACAAAGCUACUGGAAGUCCUGUGGGAUCUCUCUUUGGAAAGAGGCCAUUGCCCGUUUUGGAGGAAUUAGAAGAGGGUUCUCUUUAUUUGGAGUCUAUGAACUGCAUUGAAUCGCUCGAUCUCUCUUUUCUCAGCUCUCUACUCUCCACUACCAAUGAUCUAGAAUCCCUCAUUGUCUCCGCCAAUUAUUCUCAUGACACAAGUCUCAUCUAUUUCAACUUCUUCAACAAUACUCAUCACAACGCUCAGUUCGUGUCUGAUCAAAGGAGGCCUCUUUUGUUCGACGAACCUCGCACUCCUGGUAACCCUUACAAUUAUUUGGACAUCAAUGAAUCAGAAUAUGAAUAUCAAGUCAUUUUGGGGAUACCAUCAAAAGAGUUUAGGCAGAUUUUGAGGUACAUAAGGGAGUUUGCGACGCUUGUAGUCGAUGUGAUUGUAACUGAUGCAGAAGUUUUGCCAUUCAGAUCAGGAUCUGAAGACCUUAUCCUUACAAAAGACUUAAGAAAAUCAUCAAAGGCUGGGUGUUUUGUGUGGGGGGUUGAUUCGAGUAACCAGGUUGGGGUUGUUACAGCACGACAUGUAAAUGAUGCUGAGAUUGCCUUACAAGGAGCCGAAAAAGAUGUCUCCGUUUCUUAUGUUGAUUGUGCGGAAACUAUUGUACACCAAAGUACCCAAUUUGAUGGAUUUGGCAGAGUUUUGAAGAACCAAAAAGUUUAUCUUCAGAUAGUGAUCAAGAAAAUGGAAAAAUAAGUUUAGAGUCAUCAAAAGAUACUGAAAUAGAUUCAGAAAAGUCAAAGAACA